AUGACGCGGGCGGCGGGGGGCUCCCAUGGCCCCGGCCCGGAGCCGGCUGCAGCUUCGGCUUUGACUGGGGUUGAAGCGGGACCCGUGCGCGCCGGGUUCCUGGGCAGCCACCGCCAGCACCAGCGCGCUGGGGUGAAGGGGAGGCAGCAGCUGGGCCGCCCCAAGCCCCGCCCUGGCCCUUCCAGGCCGCGGCCCGCCCCGCCCCGACUCCUACGCCUCCAGGCCCCCAGGCUCGGGAUCUCAGCUCGUCCGGUCGCUAGCGGUCCCGGCUCCCGGGAGCCCCACCCCUCGCCUCCCGGGCCUCGCACUCCUUCCCCGCCCGGCUCCCCGGAAGCUCCGCCCAGGCCCGGGCGUUCCGCGAACGCGGGCUCCCCAGAGGCUCUUCCCCGGGCAAGCUCCGCCUCUGCCCGGCCAGCUCCUCCGCCAGCCUCUGGCCGAGGCAGAACGUGCGGCUCCGGGAGACCAAUCCCCACUCCGACCCCCUGGAGGGACGGUAACGGGCCGCCCCCGCUCCGCUCCGUCCCUGUUUCCCUAUCCAUAUGGUGGGAUACUCGCCUCGCUCAGGGCGCCCCUUACCUGGCGCUGCCGGGUUCUCAAGUUGCAAGAGUCACCUCCGCACCAGAAAGGAAGAGGAGACCGGAACCGAACUCUCUUCCUGCCGAGAUGUCUAUUGGCGUGCCGAUUAAAGUCCUACAUGAGGCUGAGGGUCACAUCGUGACUUGUGAGACGAACACUGGUGAGGUGUAUCGAGGGAAGCUCAUUGAAGCAGAGGACAACAUGAACUGCCAGGUAUCCUGCUUUGCACUUGAGGCUGUGAGGGAAGCUUGAGCCUGUGCCUUGGAGGACAGAAAGAUGGUGGUUGGGGGUCUUUUUGAAGUUCUCAUUCAGCAGUUAUUUACCGAGUGCCUAAUGUGUGCCAGGCACUGCUACAGGUACUGGGGAUGUGAGUAUAAAUAAGAGCCAUUCGGAAGUUUGGAAUAUUUAACUUUGUUCUUUGUGUCUUCCAAUCCCAUAAUCAUUUUCUCCCAUAUUUUGGGGACCUGUUGAAGAAAAGUGACACUACCUUCAAGAGAACCAUUGGGUUCGGGGCCACUGUUCAUUUACCCCCGUAUGUUUGCAUAGUGCUUUGCAGUUAGCAGAAUCUUCCGCUCACAUAUUGUGUUUAUUUGCCAUUUUUCUGGGGGGAGGCAUCUCAUUUGAUUGCAUUUAUAGCAACUACCUUGUGAGGUAAGCAGGUUUGAUGAUAGUUUUAUCAUCCAUAAGAUAGGAAGAAUAGAGGACUUCCCUGGUGGUCCAGUAGUAAAGAAUCCACCUUACAAUGCAGGGAACGUGGGUUCGAUCCCUGGUCAGGGAACUAAGAUCCCACGUGCCACGGGGCAACUAAGCCUGAGCGCUACAACUACUGAGCUCGCAUGUCUGAACUAGAGCCCGUGUGCCGAAAACUACAGAGCUCACGUGCUCUGGAACCCACGCGCCACAACUAGGGAGAGAAAAGCCGCAACGAAAGAUCCCGCAUGCUGCAACUAAGAACCAAUGCAGCCAGAGAUAAAUAAAAUAAAUAAAUAAUAAACCUUAAAAAAAAAAGAUAGGAAGAAUAAGAUUAAAGGACUCAUCUACUGAACGUCACUCUGUUAGUAAAUGUUGGAGCCACUUCUUGAUGUGGUGCCCUUCCCGUGGCACUGCGUUGCUUUUUGCUAAUAGUCACGUGGAUUUGUAUGGCCUCACUUUACAAAGUGUGUAACAUAAUUUCUCCUUAAGAGCUUGGACUUUGGAAUCAGAUGUGGCUUUGAAUUCUGUUUGACCUUGGGCAUAUUAAUCACCUCAGUUUUCUCAUCUGUAAAAUGAGAACAGAAUUCUGCAAGAGAUUGACUGGGAAAGCUAACAAUAAAGGG